AUGGUCAACAAUGCACAUCUCGUUGAACACCUCGCACGUCAGCUCGAGAGCACAGAAUCUGACCCAAUGCUCUUAUACAGAGAACGCUUGCCGGCGGAUCCAAUGCUAUUAGCUCGUCUGCCAACCUCCGCAUUCAUCCAGCGUGAAGCCGAGAUCCUUGCUCCCAAGGCCAUCAUCAAACAACUACGUCGGUCACCCAGUCCCUCACCACCAAGCUCGCCUAAAGAAGACGAAACUGCUUCGGAAUCUACAGUCACUCCCGAGAGCGAAGAGGUGCCACCUGAGCGCACCAGAACCAAGAGCUUCAGCUCGGUAUUGUCCUCCGUGUCGUUGUCCUCUCCUAAUAAAGCUUGGAAAGAACCAGAGCCGUUUGAAAUAUUUCGCGCUGUGGAGAAGAAAGACAUUAUGUUCCUUAUGGAAGUGCGAGAUCGGGCAUUCCAUUUGCUCCUCCGCAAGCAUGGCGACGCCACGCCCCUGUUGCACUGCAUGCGCAUUGGCAAGUCGCAUCAGGACGUGGCCAUCAUCCUUUUGGGUGCAUUCUCGCGGUAUAUUAACAACCUGCAGGACGAGGAGUUCUCACAACCUCGGACGAGAAUGCUCUUAAAGGCGCUCCGGGUCAACCUCAGGCUAGCAAUCGACCUUGGUCUGCAGACGCAGCAAAGCGACCUCAUCGCAUCCUUCCUGCAGACACUCAUCAUGAGCGAAGGUGGGCAGUGGGUGUCCGACGAGGCGGGGGACAUCGCUGCUGCGCUUCGCCUCGGGACUGAAGGCAAGCCCGUCAAAACCGCAAACGACGCCGUCAGGCGCUUCGCCACGAGGGAACUGGGCAAAGCGCCGCUCAUUGCAUCCUUUGAGGACUACGUUGCAAAUGCGACCGCGGACUUGGUCAUGAUGGGAGCCUGGCAGUUGGUUCUGGAGGUUAUCGAGGGCGAAUCAAUACCUGUAUGGUAUUUUGCGCGAGACGAUCGCGUAUACAAAUGCUUCGUGGACCGCCUAGACAAACAUAAAGACGAAAUACGCCGUCGCCUGGGGCGUCGGCUACGAUGGCAGCUGAGGGUCCUGCGAACGGUGCUCGAUGGCAGGGCGAAGAGCUUCGAGGGGAAGGUCAAGGAGCUCGCGGAAGAAUUUGACCAAGGAGAAGGCGUCUGA